UGUUUCCUAUCUUUUUCCACCUUUUUUUCUCUAACUCUCUCUCUCUCUUUCUAUACAUGUCUAAUUUUUCUCUCUGCACCUACCCUUCAAAGUUAAACACACCUCUCUCUCCUAAAGCUGCCGCCACCACCGCCACCACCACCACCACCACCACUCUUACUCCUUUAUUCUCUUCCCCUAUACACCACAAUGGGCAACUGCUGCUCUCGUGGCGAAUCUGGGGAUGCUCCAGAUAGUGAAAAGGGAGAUAAUGGCAAUAACAAUAACGAUGAUAGUAACAAUCCUGCCAAUGCUGCCCAAGAAAACUCCACCACACCACCACCUAAGGCGGCUGCACCUUCGCCUUCUACUGCAAAUGCUGCAUCCUCUAAGCCAGCCAAGAGUGCUCCUAUUGGACCGGUCUUAGGCCGGCCAAUGGAAGAUGUUAAGUCAGUGUACACUAUUGGUAAAGAACUUGGCAGGGGCCAAUUUGGUGUAACACAUUUAUGCACACACAAGAUAACAGGAGAACAAUUUGCAUGCAAAACAAUAGCUAAAAGGAAACUUGUGAAUAAAGAAGAUGUGGAGGAUGUUAAGAGAGAGGUGCAAAUUAUGCAUCAUUUAACUGGUCAACCUAACAUUGUUGAACUUAAAGGAGCUUAUGAGGAUAAACAUUCAGUUCAUUUGGUGAUGGAGUUGUGCGCAGGUGGAGAGCUUUUCGAUCGAAUUAUCGCCAAGGGUCAUUAUACAGAACGUGCUGCUGCUUCUUUGCUUAGAACUAUUGUUCAAAUUAUUCAUACUUGUCAUUCAAUGGGUGUUAUCCAUAGGGAUCUUAAGCCGGAGAAUUUUCUUCUGCUCAAUAAGGAAGAGAAUGCUCCUCUUAAGGCUACCGAUUUCGGCCUUUCUGUCUUUUACAAGCCAGGAGAAAUAUUCAAAGACAUUGUUGGCAGUGCAUAUUAUAUAGCACCUGAAGUGUUGAAGAGGAGAUAUGGACCAGAAGCUGAUAUUUGGAGUAUUGGGGUCAUGUUAUAUAUUCUUCUUAGUGGUGUUCCACCUUUUUGGGCUGAAUCCGAGCAUGGGAUUUUCAAUGCAAUUUUACGUGGCCAUGUCGAUUUUACAUCCGAUCCAUGGCCUUCAAUUUCGCCUCAAGCUAAGGAUCUUGUUCGAAAAAUGCUAAAUUCAGACCCAAAACAGAGGUUGACAGCCAUUCAAGUUCUCAGUCAUCCAUGGAUCAAGGAAGAUGGAGAAGCUCCUGAUACUCCUCUUGAUAAUGCAGUAAUGAGUAGGCUGAAACAAUUUAAGGCAAUGAAUAAUUUCAAGAAAGUUGCUUUAAGGGUUAUUGCUGGCUGUCUAUCAGAGGAAGAAAUUAUGGGGUUGAAGGAGAUGUUUAAAGGCAUAGACACUGACAACAGUGGCACCAUUACACUUGAAGAGCUGAAACAAGGACUUGCUAAGCAAGGAACAAAACUAUCAGAAUUUGAAGUCAAACAACUUAUGGAAGCUGCUGAUGCAGAUGGUAAUGGAACUAUAGAUUAUGAUGAGUUUAUCACAGCGACAAUGCAUAUGAACCGAAUGGAUAGAGAGGAACAUCUUUACACAGCCUUCCAGCAUUUUGAUAAAGAUAACAGCGGAUUUAUCACAACUGAAGAGCUAGAACAAGCACUCCGUGAGUAUGGAAUGCACGAUGGAAGGGACAUCAAAGAAAUCAUUUCUGAAGUUGACGGUGAUAAUGAUGGAAGAAUCAACUAUGAUGAAUUUGUGGCAAUGAUGAGAAAAGGAAAUCCAGAAGCAAAUCCAAAGAAGAGGCGUGAUACUGUAUUUGUUUGAUUUGUAUUAUCAAAUGGUACAUUAAUUGGUGGAGGACAUUACAGAAAGCUUAUUAUAUAUAUUGGUGAACCUUUGCAUUUCAAGUAAUGGAGGAAAGCUAAGCUAAGCUAAGCUAAGAGAGCAUGGACAUAUAAUAGAGGCUUGGAUGAUGAAAUAUUUUGACAAGUCAUGGGUUGUCUAUUGAUGAAGGGAGGGGAUUUUGUGAGGUUUGUAUAAGAAUGAAAAAAAAUUUACUGGUGGUGUUUUAGGGUAGUGAAAAUUUGAUGGGUGUUUGUUGGGUAGUUCUCUCCCUUGUGAAAAUUGAAAUCAUAUAUCAAAAGAGAACUAAUACUUAGGAAUUUAAUGGUGCUUAUUAAUUAUUUUAUGUAUUAUUAUCCAAUUUAGGGAGUACAUAUGAAGGAUUAUUGUUGCUGA